AUAUAAUUGGAGUGUGCAAAAGUGCAGAGGAUGUUUCUCAAAUCACCACUAAAACCAACAGAGAGGUCUCCAAAAGGGCUCUCAACCUAGUAGACAUGACUGGCAAAGAGGUGACUGUCACGCUGUGGGGAGUGGAGGCAGAGAAGUUUGACAGCUCUGGGCAGCCUGUUGUUGCCAUUAAAGGAGCUCGCCUGUCUGAUUUUGGAGGCAGAUCACUUUCAGCUUUGUUUAGCUCAACAGUCAUGGUCAAUCCAGACAUAUUCGAGGCCUUUAGACUCAGGGCAUGGUAUGACCAAGGAGGUUAUGCACUCAACAGCCAGUCGUUAACCCAAACCAGGUCACUCACCAGUGGGUCAGCAAUGAACUGGAAAACGCUCAGCGACGUUAAGAAUGAACACAUGGGACAUGGAGAGAAGGCUGAGUACUUCAGCUGUGUGGCAACAGUGGUGUACAUGCGUAAGGAAAAUUGUCUGUAUCAGGCAUGUCCAUCUUCAGGCUGCAACAAGAAGGUCAUAGACCAACAGAACGGCAUGUACCGCUGUGAAAAGUGUAACAAGGAGUUCCCUAACUUCUGUUACAGACUCUUGCUUUCUGUGAGUUCAACACACAAAAAGUACCAUGAACAUCAGACAUUUAGUGAUUUUUGCAGUGAUCACGCCAACUUGGCAGACAUCUGGGAUAACCAGUGGGUGACAUGUUUCCAGGAGACAGCUGAGGUCCUGCUGGGUCACAGUGCUGAAGAGCUGGGACAACUCCGAGAAACAGAUGAGGCAGCAUUCAAUGAAGUCUUCCAUAAAACCAACUUCACAACUCAUAUCUUUAAAAACCGAGUCAAACUGGAGACAUAUAAUGAUGAGAGUCGAGUGAAAGUAACAGUCAUGGAUAUCCUUCCUGUCGACCACAGAGAAUACAGCAGGAGACUCCUGAGCAACAUCCAGAAAUUAGCUCGCUGAGCUCUGUUCCUGUCAUCCAAAAGGCAGCCUGAUAAUUACACAAAUCUGCUUGCUUUUGGACUGGACUGGACUGGUGUCAGACUUUUUUUUUUUUUUUUCUCAACUGAAAGAUAUCAUGUCUAUCCAAAG